AUGCUAUCGACAUUUUCUAUAGUACGCCCAAAGGGGUUACACACUCUAACAUCUCGAGCUGCUUUAAGAGCCAUCGACUCUAAAUUGACCUCAAGUAUAAUAUUUCAAAGUUCAAAAAGAUCAAUAUCCAUCACCUCACCUCUAAGCAAUGAAUCCAAUAAGAAGAAACCAUCUGAAAAGAAGACGACCACAUCUAUAUGGCCUAAAUUGAAAAGUUUCACUACAUUUACAUUUUCUGCUGCAUUGGUUGUUGGUGCCAUUGGUGUCUCGACAGUAGUUAUUUAUUUAAUUGGUGCAGAAUUGUUCUCACCAUCUGGAGAUACACAAUUGUUUAACAGAGCAGUAUCGUUGGUACAAAAAGAUCAAGAAUUACGUCAAUCACUUCAAAGUAAUGAUACCUUGUACAGGGAAAGAUUAAAAGCGUAUGGUGAAAUGAUAACACAUGAUAGAUGGACCCGUAAUAGACCAAUUGUCUCAAAGAGAAGAAUCGAUAAUGAUGGUAAUGUACAUUGUUUCUUAAGAUUUCAUAUUGAAUCUAAAAAGAAAAUCGGAUUAGUACAUUGUGAAGCAGUUGAAAAACAAGGAUCUUUAUUACCUGAAUUUGUUUCAUUAUACGUUGAUAUUAAAGGUGAAAAACGUCAUUUUAUCAUUAAACCAAAACUACAGAAACAACCAAAAUCUACUGGAUUUCUUGGUGUAAAUUGGGGACCAAAGAGAACUUAA